UCAAUGGAAACGUAGUGAGUUUGGUUUUGCUACUUACCGAAAGAUGAAGUUCUUAACCUAUUUCCUGGCCUUAGUAGUUCUACUAUCUGUAGUUACUGCACAAACUAACAUUAAUUAUUCAGGUAGUGGCAGUUCUCAAUUAACUAAUUCUAAUACCACAACAUACUUAAAUCAACAAUCCAGCAAUAGUAAUUCAAAUGGAAAUCAAAACAAUAGUACGGGUUUGCAAAACCUAUUUAAUAAUGUAGGAAAUUGGUCAGGAGGAUUCAGUGGCAAUUUGGGCUAUUUCAUAAGUCCAAGAACAGCAGUGUCUUAUUCAAUUGGCGCUUUUUCUAAGGUAAAUUGGUUCACUGCACAGAGAAUAUGCAAAUAUAAUGGAUUAACAUUGGCAACCAUCACAUCUGCAGCUGAAGCUAAAGCAAUAAGAAAUUUGAUCCGUGACAAUGAAGUAGUGAGUCCCAGUGAAUUAUUCUGGAUAGGAGCCACCAAAUAUCCUGACAAAGGUGAUUAUUGGUCAUGGUUUGGUAGUGGUAAUCCAGCUACGUAUACCAACUGGGCAACUGGUCAACCCAAUAGCCGUUCCGAUUACUGUCUUCAAGUUGGUUCAAGUGGCUGGGAUGACAAAAAUUGCAAUAUUCAGGCUUAUUUCAUUUGUCAAUCGGUAUCUUGUUAGGUAUUUGUAAAUGAAACAUUCCUAAAGUAUCUGACAAUAAAGUUUGUUAAAUUGAAAAUGAAUAAA